AUGGAAGAUAAGCAACUGAGUGCUGAGCGGCAUAAAGAGGAGGGCAAUAAGCACUUUAAGUUCAAAAAGUACCGCUGGGCUACGGAUUGUUAUUCUGAAGGUAUCAAACUGCAGUGCAUGGACCUUAAGUUGAACUCUGUGCUUUACGGUAAUCGGGCGGCUGCUCAAAAACACAUCGGUAAUCGACGGUCUGCGAUAAAGGACUGUGCUAUGGCUUUGAAAUUUGAUCCUAGAAACCUGAAGGCUGCGAACAGAGGUGCAGAGUGUCUUUUGGAACUUGAAUAUGCUCAGCAAUGUGUAGACUGGAUUGAAAGAGCCAAGAAAACUUUUGCAUUCACUAAGGAAACUGAAGAAGAAGGUAAUGUCACCGAAGCAGAAAAGAAGCAGCUCGACUCCUUAGAACAGAUUAAAGAAAAAGCUGUCAAAGCUGUUCUGGUCGAGGAACGGAACAAACGAAAAGCUCGUGCCGAAGAAAAGAAGGAUUUGGAAGAGAAACGACGGCUCUUGAAAGCUUUAUCUGAUAGGAAACUCAACUUUCGUCCUCGUCUUCCGUUUAGUCGUCCUGAACUUAUGGAUUGGUCAUUACUUGAAGUUAGCCUUGCACAGACUUCAGAGCACUAUCGUGUAUCUUUCAAUCAAGAUGGCAAUCUUCAAUGGCCUUUUUUGAUACAGUACCCUCAGGUAGGACAAGUAGAUGUAUUGACGGAUUGUGACGAAACAGCUCAAGUUGGAUCCGUUUUACGACCAAUGUUAGAAACUCCUGCAGAAUGGGAUAAAGAUCAUAAAUUCAGGUUAGAUAAUGUUCGCAUGUUUGUAUCAGACGAGUGGAAUGAAUAUGUUAUGGAAGUUUGGGAAUGGUCGACAUUUGGGUCAAUACUAACCCUACCAGGUUUUCAAAUUGUACAGGGAUUACCAGUUAUAAUGAUUUAUACACGCGAUGAAAUUGAGCAGAAGUUAAGGUCAAUAGAUGAAAAUAAGUUUGUUAUUGAAUAG